UAUUGGUGCAAAAAUUUAUCUGAUCUUUAAGUAGAAAAACAAAACAAAACAAAUUGGCGUUGAACAAAAGCAGCUUGUCUUGGUCUACUUUUUCGCUUCUGAGUUGUUAGAGAGACUAUGUGAAUGGCGAAUUCCGAGACUCCCUAUAACCCCGACCUUGAGGAUCUCCGGCGAAUACCAGUUGAUCUCUUCGCUUCCAAGAAACUUCCCGGACUUUCCUCCGGCGAUCUCGGAUUUGCCGAUUCUUCCGAAAAUCUCGUCUUCAUCCUCCGCAAAUCUUCUUCUUCCUUGAAAUCUCUCCUUGAUUCCUCCGGUGUUCCUCUCUUCUCCAUCUCUCGUCCCCACAAUGGAAUGUGGGAGUUACAUAAAGGAGAUGUCGAAAAGCGUAAGGAGUUGGUUCUAACGGCGAAGCGGACAUCGAACAAAUUCAGUAAGACAGAGUUAAAGGUCUCUUUUGCAGGAGAAUCGUCACAACAUCUUGUUAUCAAAGGUUGUCCCUUUCAGAAAUCAUGUACCAUUUAUAAUCAAGAUUCCAUUGUUGCUCAGACGAGUUUGAUGUACAAGCUGAGACAGAUUUAUGUAGGAAGAAGCAAGUUCCGGUUAACGAUAUUUCCAGGAUCCAUCGAUCAUUCUCUAGUAGUCGCAAUGGUUGCCACGUUUCUUCAAGGAUGAAAGUGAAAAGUCGUCAAUUUGUUUUAUGAUUUUAUCACUGUAAAGGAAAAUGUAACAAAGAAAAACAAAGGCAUUUUAGUACAUUGCAUCCUCAAUGCCUUUUGAUUCAAUCGGCUCACACGUGAAAUGUAGAUACGAUGAGUUUGCCCUUUCUCAAAAAUUUCGGUAUUAUCUAUAUCUUGUAUAAAUAAACUGGUGUUUCAUGAAUCUUAUCACAAGAAUAUUGA